AUGGAGUUCAACGACAAAUCUAGUUCUAACUUUGAGGAUUUCCAAAGCAACAUGUCGGCUACUUCUGGGUUCUAUGCCAUCGUUGAUCCAGCCGAUGAGUCAAAUGAUUUGGAAUCAUUUUUGCACCAACCAAGAUCCAUGCAUCAUUAUCCUCCUGUAUCAAAUACUUUUAGCAGUAGGGACCAUAUUACAUUGAGCACCUCCUAUUCGAGUACAAUAGAUGGUCCUCAAUUCUGUGACCUCAGUAGCAAUGCGGCACCAGAUUGGUAUGGAACCAGUGUGGCAGACUCUUCUAAUAACAGUUGGACCAACUCAGAUAUAACCAUCAACUACUUAAACAAGCUGUUGAUGGACGAGGACGAUGAUGACAAGGUAAAAUUACAUCAUGGAGAGCACGCCCUUAGAGCUAUGGAAGAGCCUUUCUAUAGAAUUCUUGGACAAAAUAAUCCAGCUUAUCCUGAGUCACCAUCACUUUGUAGCUGUGGUCAUCUGAAUAACCUCGAUGACAGCAUCAACAAGUCUUCCAGGCUGUCAUGCAGUACCUGCUCUGUUGCUAUUGACUCAAGUAAUAAUCAUUCUAAUCACAACUUGCUGCAAGCUUUUGAAGCUCCAUGGAGUUUGUCUGACAUAGUCAAAGAGACAAAACGUUCCACUGAAGGUACACGAAACAUGGAGCUUGGUGUGAAAAUUGAUGGCCUCUCGAUUGCUGAAAAGCGUAGCCGAGAUAAUCAGUCACUUCAGGAGGCUGCUUAUUUGUUAGAAGCAAGGAGUAGCAAGCAAGUUGCCUUUUCAUUCAAUGGGCCAACCCGAGAUGAGAUGUUUGACAGGGUUCUACUCUUCUCAGAGCAUAAACCUACGGAUGAAGCUAUUGUUUUGCAAGAAAUGAUGACAAACAAAUCAACUGGACAUUCACAGAAUGAACAAGGAAGAACAUCAGCUCGGCGGAAGACACGAGGUAAGAAGCAACAGAAGAAAGAGGUGGUGGAUCUAAGAACCAUUCUUAUCCAUUGUGCACAAGCAGUAUCUGUGAAUAACCAUACCUUAGCAAACGACAUGCUGAACAUAAUAAGACAACAUUCCUCAAUAACUGGAGAUGAUACCCAGAGGCUAGCAUUUUGUCUAGUGGACUGCCUUGAGGUGCGAUUAGCUGGAACUGGGAGUCAGCUGUAUCGCAAAUUGAUCACUAAAAUCUUCAAUCCUGUGGGCAUUUUAAAGGUAUUCGAAUUGACUUUAGCGGUACAUCCUUUACCGAGGGCAUCAUUUUAUUUCGCAAAUAAGACAAUCCUUGAUGUCUCGAAGGGAAAAUCUAAGGUGCACAUUAUCGAUUUUGGCAUUUACUUUGGUUUUCAAUGGGCAUCACUGUUUGAGCAACUCGCAAAGAGGGAAGAUGGGCCUCCUAAGGUUUGGAUCACAGGUAUUGAGCUACCAAAGCAAGGAUUUCGACCAAAUCAAAUGAAUAAGCAGAACACGGGACAGCGAUUAGCUGAUUAUGCUAGCAUGUUCAAUGUGCCUUUUGAAUAUCAAGCAAUAUCAUCAAAGUGGGAAACCAUAUGUAUAGAAGAUCUCAACAUUGCGGAAGAUGAUGUGCUGAUAGUCAACUGCAUACACCGAAUGAAGAAUCUGGGUGAUGAGACAGUAUCCAUAAACAGUGCAAGGAAUAGGGUUCUCAAUACAAUUAGAAUGAUGAAGCCAAAAGUUUUUGUGCAUGGAAUAGAGAAUGGAUCAUAUGGUACCCCCUUCUUUUUAACACGUUUUAAAGAAGUCAUGUACCACUACUCUGCAUUAUUUGAUAUCUUUGAUAAAACUGUUCCACGAGAUAAUGAGACAAGAAUGUUCAUAGAGAGGGGCAUCUUUCAGUGCCAACUUCUCAAUGUCAUAGCAUGUGAAGGAUCUGAAAGGAUUGAGAGGCCAGAGAAUUAUAAGAAAUGGAAGUCAAGAAACCUGAAUGCUGGCCUUGAGCAGCUCCCACUGAAUCAAGACAUUGUGAAAGUAAUAAGAGAAAUGGUGGGAAAUAUCACAAAGAUUAUGUUAUCAACGAAGAUGAUCAAUGGCUACUACUGGGAUGGAAGGGAAGGAUACUGA